GGACAGCGAGGACGUUAGAUAAGCCGACAGUGACGUCCAGGAGGUGGGAGCUGUUUCUGAACGUGGCCAGCGGGCUGCAGCACUGACUCCACCGCGAGCCUGUCAAACACAACCAACACAGCCGACAUGGCGGACUGGGACGCUGACAACUUCGAGCCGGACGAGCCGAUUAAAAAGGCGGCAGCGAUGGACAAAUGGGAAGGCGAAGACGAAGACGAAGACGUUAAGGACAACUGGGAUGAUGAGGAGGAAGAUGAGGAGAAAAAAGGAGAGGUGAAAAAAACAGAGACAAAAGUUUCUGAAAAGAAAAAAUUGAUUGAGAAGAUCAAAGAGAAAGAAAACCGGUUAAAGAAGAAACAACAGGAGCUGAAGGAGAAAGAGAUGGAGAAUAAACAAGAGGAGCUCACUCCUGAAGAACAACUCGAAGAGAAGUUAAGAGUGAAGAAAUUACAGGAAGACGCAGACUUGGAGCUAGCAAAAGAUGCUUUUGGUGUUAGCAGCACUUCGAACAGUGUUACUGGGAUCGAUGCCAUGUGUCCAUCUUCCAAAGAAGACUUCACAGAGUUUGAAAAAUUGCUGAAAGAAAAGAUAUCCCAGUUUGAAAAAUCUGUGCAUUAUUCAAGUUUCUUGGAGUCAUUGUUUCGGGAACUCUGUAUUUCAUUGGAAGUAGAUGACUUGAAGAAAAUCAGUAAUUCCCUGUCAGUCCUACUUAGUGAAAAACAGAAACAAGAAAAACAAAACAAAGGAAAGAAGAAGAAGAAAGGGGUCGUAGCUGGAGGUGGGUUGAAAGCACAGCUGAGAGAUGACCUUGACUAUGCAGAGUUUGAUGGUGGAUACGCCCAAGACUAUGAGGACUUCAUGUGACACUGGCUCCAUCACUACUGCCCUUUACCCCUCCCAACCCUCAGAAAUGCAGCUGUACCUUCUCAUGCUGUCCAGUGCCAUCCUGGAAAAUCUGAACUAUGUGUUGCCCCCUUCAUUUUGCUUCAAUGACCAGAGGGAGUAUACCAGGGAGCAUACAGUCUCACCAACUCUUUAUGUUCAUACAUAUGGAAUUGCCUUUUCUCUGUCUCAUUCAGCCUCGACUCACACACACACAUAAUCAUGUAGUAACUGUUGGGUGACCCAGCUUCAAUGGAGAAUACAUUGUAACUGCUGUUGUCUGAGUUUUGCGGGGCGCAUUUUUAAUUAAAUGUUGCUCCUGUCAAAAUGGCAGAUAUAGUAUUGCAGUUAUAACUGUAGUGACAUAGAAACACAAGGUUCUAUGCAAAUUCUUUAACCAGAAUGUCAUGUAUAUAUUAUAGGUCUCACUUACCUGUGGAUGGUUCUUACAGGAAAGUAUAUAGUAUCUAUAACUUUGGUUGCCAAAUGCAGAACAAUUAUUCAGUACAUUAUUCAUCUUUAUCUCUGGAAAGGUUGCAUUGUAGGUGAUUUUGAGACUGAUGCAACAUGUAAGUAGUAGUUGUGAGAGAGCACAUGACAUUCAUUGUAAGAUAAAAGGGAUAGACAAGUAUAAUAAAUGUGACUUUAAAACCUCA